GGUACGGUCGGAACUUUCGGGAUUUACGCGUAGCAUUUCACGUUAUAUAUUACACAUAGUUUUUUCGUCGUCCGCCGUCGUCGUUGUGUGCGCUUACUCGUAUAAAACGGAAAAUUAACGGCAAAUAGCGACUAGCGUACGGCCGAUUGUCUGCUUACAAAACAGUGCGAUGCGGUUUGUGAUGCCGUUCUGUGCGUUAAAUGCCGUGCAGUGAGUGCAAAAAUUUUUGUACCGUUAUAUUUUGUGGUCGCGCGUGUAACCGUGCCGCGCGCGUAUGUGUGUGUGCGAGUGUGCAUAUGUGUAACGCCCAUUUGUUUUGGGCCAGCGACAGCUAGCGCCAUACGAAAGUCUCGAAUUGCAGCUGCAAAAGUGGUGCAAGCGAAAAAUUUUCCAGCCGCUGAAAAGUGUGUGUUUUGUGACCCCCGAAAAUUGAAAGAACGCUGCGCCAAUUACGCAAAUACAUGUGGGUGCGUGUGUGUAAGCAAUUAGCGCACGGUGAAAACUGGUGUAGUUAAAGCGUUGUAAAUACAACAACAACAGCAGCAGCCUACACCAAAAACAGCGUGAAAAGUGUAUAAAGUGAAGCGCGAACUUAGCAACCAGAACGCGCUCAGCGUACGGCGCGUGGGGUGUAGCCUGAAAAGCGAGCCUGGCGUACGACGUGGCAGUGUUGCAACGCAAAUACAUACAAACACACAUAUAUACAAACUUGCAGUGGCAAUCUGCUUGCAUUUAGCUCGCCGUUCUAGCAUUCGUUUGUCUGCUGGCCGGCUUGCUAAGCGUUUUCGUGCUCCAAAGCAGUUCCGCUGUGUGCGCGCCGCGUCGCAAUGUUGCUAAUUUGAAGUUAAAAGCCUCUUAAAUGUCAAAUCAUAAUUUAUGUGUGCGAGAAGCGUGUGGAAUUUGUGGUCACAAGCGCUAGCUUACAGCGACAAGUGGCAACGCAGUGAAAGUAGUUAAAGUGUGCAUUAAAGUAAACACUGUUUAAACGCAACUAAAACUGCCAAAUUGCUUACUUACAGAGCUUAGGUUGUAGUUUAUGUAUACAACAACAACACUAGCAACUUACUGCAGCCGCUGCACAACAGCAACAGCAGCAGCUUUGCUUAGUCAACGUUUGAAACGAAGCUGCGAGCAAAUACUCUAGCUACUCGUCUAUAAUAAUAAAAUCACAUGCGUAGUACUCAUAAAUAUAUACGGACGACUUAAGCCGGAAGCUGCUGCUCCCACGAAAGAGCUCGUGUGUUUAACGGAAAAGUGAAUUAUAAAAUUGUGAGAAAAACAUAUAACAGUAAGAACGAAAUUGUGAAAAUGUGCAAAAGAUUAACGCUUAACGGUGAAAGAUUUUAAGUGAGUUUCAAAAUAAAAUGCGCAACCACAUAUUGUGGCAUAAAAUAUUGUGCAUGUGUGGCAUAUGCAAAUCCCCAAAAGUUAUAAACCACAAAUUCUUGUCAUAAUACUCUACCGCUUAUGUUUGCUGCUAUAUAAGUUUGCCAAAAAAUAUAGAAAAUUAGACAAAUCGUGCAAUUACACGCUGAUAACCCAAAAUCUAAGCAACUACUAGCAUAACCUUCAAUUCUACGCUUUCCACAUUUCAUAACUGCCAAGAUGUCCUCGCAAAUCUCCGCACCCUUCUGGUCACUCUGCAUAGUUCUAGCUUGCAUACUUGCCAGCCAUUGCACGCAUUCGUCACGUGCACGCACCAGUCCAUCAACAAUGACGCGCAACAUCGAAGAAGAAAAUGUUCGAUAUAUUUUGGAAGGACCGCCCGUACUGUCCGAAUCCAUCCAAGGCACAUUGGGCCGUUUGCCUUGUAAUGUGACGCCGCCCAUUUUGGAGGAUCGCGUUGCACUCGUAAUUUGGUUUAAAGUGGGUCUGAAGACGCCCAUUUACAGCGUCGAUACGCGCGACUCAAACUUUGCAGAUGGCACACACUGGUCCGAUGAAUCCUAUCGCGAUCGCUUGUCCUUCUCUGUCGAGGGACGUUCGGGGACGCUGGCAAUUAAGAAGACACGACAAGAGGAUACGGGCGAGUAUCGUUGCCGUGUUGACUUUCAAAAGAGUCCGACGCGCAACUCGAAAGUGAAUUUAACUGUCAUAACACCACCUGAGUCAAUAAUCAUCUUAGACAGUAAAGGUGCGACGAUAAAGGACUACAAAUUGGGUCCCUACAAUGAGGGUGCAGUCAUCAAUAUAACCUGUGUGGCGGUUGGCGGACGACCGCAACCGAGAGUCACCUGGUGGAAUGGCAACAAAGAGAUCGACCAAUCCUCGCAUUCAUUGUCAGAUCGGCGUGUCGGCAAUAUACUGACGCUGGGCAAACUGACACGUGAGAAUCUACACAUGCAGCUUACCUGUCAAGCGGCCAACAACAAUUUGACGACGCCAAUUACCAGCACCGUUACCCUUGACUUGAAUCUGCGCCCGUUGAUUGUGAAAUUGGAUGGCGAAAAUCGGCCACUUUCCGCCGAUCACUCGUAUCAGCUGCAUUGCAAUGUUAUCGGCUCGCGACCGGCGCCGACGAUUACCUGGUGGAAGGGCAGCACACCUAUGAAGAAUACACAUGAAGUGGCAAAUCCUGAUGGUAAUAUGACAACGUCAAUAUUGACUUUUACGCCAACCAUCGAUGAUCGCGGCAAAUUCCUGUCGUGUCGCGCCGAACAGAGCAUGAUACCGGAAUCGGGCAUGGAGGACGGUUGGAAAUUGGAUAUUUACCACAUACCCGUUGUGAGCCUGGAGCUCGGCACCAACUCGAUAAACUCAACCUUUCGCGAAGGCAUCGAUGUUUUCUUCGAGUGCAACAUCAAAUCGAAUCCUUGGGUCUACAAAGUCAGUUGGCGCCACAAUGGCAAUAUACUCGAAAAUAAUCUAGGCGAGGGCAUCAUAGUGGCCAAUCAAAGCUUGGUGCUCCAGAAUGUGAGUCGCGCCCGCGCGGGCAUCUACACUUGUGUCGGCAGUAAUCGGGAAGGUGAUGGUGAGAGUAACCCUGUGCAUUUGGAUAUAAGAUUUGCGCCAAUCUGCCGGCCCGGUCAACGUUUCGUCUACAGUGCCGGACGACAAGAGACGGUUAAAAUUGCCUGCGAAAUCGAGGCGAAUCCAAUGGAGGCGACAUACAGCUGGAAAUUCAAUGCAACACGCGGCGAGGUAAUCGACAUACCAGCAUCACAAAUCGCUGUGGACCGUGGACGCAGCAUAGCACACUACACGCCCAUAACGGAAAAUGACUAUGGCAUAUUGCUCUGCUGGGCGAGCAAUGAACUUGGCGAUAUGACUGAACCGUGUGUUUACACCGUGACGCCAGCAGGUGAGUGCGAACCGGAUCCAUUGGUUAACUGCACGCUACUCAAUCAAACGUCGACUGGCUUUCAAAUUGAAUGCAUCGAAGGCUUCAACGGCGGUCUGGAGCAGGAUUUCAUAAUGGAAGUGUAUGUGAACGGAACGACACGCUAUCCGAAAGUUUUUCGAUCAAAAACACCGUAUUUCGAAAUGCGCGGGUUGGUGCCUGGUGCCGGCUACAAUGUCUUCUUGGUGGCGCACAACGAGAAGGGACGCAGCAAUGCAACCAUCCUGCAAGUGUACACGCUCAAGGAUCCGGAGAAGCAGACGGUCGUUAUUACUUACAAAAAAGGUGGCAUGAUUUCGCCGCCACGCUUUUACGAACCAACAACUGCCACUAGUAUUCUAACAACACAAAUCUACAACAGUACAAUAACAAAAAUUAAAACAGAUAAAAAUCUCUCGCUCGCCUAUGCGCCCGUAAUCGAGGAUAUCCGGCCAUUUCUCGGCAUACUGGUCGGCAUUGUGGGCAGCAUAUUCCUGGUGGCGCUUAUCAUUGUCAUUAUUGUUCGCAUGCGCGGCUCGACGGGACGCGAUCGCAAUAAUUACUCGCAUCCAACGACGACCACUGGGCGUGGCAAUAAUAAUAAUGGCAGCGUCAGCAUCGGUACACUACACAAUGGCCAAUCAAUACAGGAUAUACGCAUCGGUCGGGAUACCUGCCAUGUGACGAGCAGUUUAGAUAGCAUAGACAAGAAUCCGGAUAUAAUACCGCAAGAUGGUCGUGACGAUGAUGAGGAGUGGACCACCAAGGGACAUAAUCGCGCUUAUGCAACAGCUGCGCUGGCGGAGCAGAACGCCGUCAUCACCUCAUCCACGUAUGAUCAUAUAAUGCCAACAUAUGCUGUUGUCGAUAAGAAGUCGGCAGUGCAGCAUUUGCAACAAUUACAACAACAACAACACCAGCAGCAGCAGCAACAUCAACAACAACAACAACCGCCGCCGCCACACGGCCAAUACAUACACUACAAUGCGCUGAUACCGGUGAGCAAAAUGGGCGGAUAUGCUGCGCAGCAGCAGCAACAACAACAGCAACAGGCGCAGCAGCAACUAAAUAAGACUGAUUUAACCUACGCCGAAUUGGCUGGCCCAGGGAAUGGAGCACGCAUGACGCCUUACUGCAGCGCCACCUUGGGUCGUCCACGACAAACGGAACUGAAACGAGCCGAACCGAACAUCUAUUCACAGGUAAUAAAAAUGAUGGACGAUGAUAGUCCGACCGAGUUCGAAGAAAUCGCCAUACAAUGGCCCAAACAAACACACAACCAAACAACCAGUACACAUCCGUUAGUGCAGGCAGCGGCAGCAACAACAACGGCAGUCGCUUAUGUGGCCGGACGUUCGACACGGAUCGAUUUGGCUCAUCAUCCAAUGUACUCGACGAGUCCCAUGUUUGGCGGUCAAACCACCAUAACCGGUGUCACCAUGUCGCAUCCCUCGCAGUUGGCCACAUUCACCCCGCCGCCGCCGUUAUUCACACACAAAGUGAUCGGCGCUGCGCAAACGCAGUCGUUGCCACCAAAUGUUGCAGUGCCGGUGAGCAGCAAUGGGCUGCUGCAGACAGUCACCGCUGGUGGUGGACUUGUGUGUAUGGGUAUGCCGCCACAUUCGGCAGCGGCAGCUGCGUCACUUAUGCAUGCAGCGCAACAACAACAACAGCAGCAACAUCAACAGCCACAAUCGCCACCAACGGGUGUCAACGGCAUGUCAGUGGGCGGUUAUGGAGAUGUGAACUCCAGUCCGGGCAUUCUGAAAACGGUACCAGAGGAAGUGCAUCAUCAAAUGAACGGCGAGGAUUUGCUCCUUACAAAGGAUCGCAAUCAUGCAACACGCUUUUGACGGUAAAUUACAAUCAUCGAGACGCUAGAGAUGGCGCAGUAAAAAUACCAGAAACGACAUGGCAGACGAAUAGAAGAAACAAACGCGAAACUAAGCAGCGUAUAAACGAAAAUGUUAACAAAGCAAAAACUGAAAA